AUCGAUUCCACCCACUAGGGGGCAGUCAACAGAUUUCUGUGUUGAGGGCUUCCGUUUUUCUGUCCUGUAUUUUUCAUCUGCGGACUUGGGGUUACUGAAAUCAAACAGAAGAAAUCUGUAAAAUUGUCGAGGUUUUGACUUUGCUUAUUGGUUGAAGACCUUCACAAGAAGGCACUAAAAUGGGCAGAAGUAGAAGCCGAUCCCCACCAAAACGAGAGAGACGGCGCUCUCGCUCGGGUUCUAGGGACCGCGAACGAAAGCGCAGGGAAAGGGAACGGUCCCGUUCUCGAGACAGGGAAAGGCGAAGGAGCCGCUCGCGUUCUACAGCCCGCAGGCGACGCUCAAGGUCUCUUCGCAGGCUACGCUCUUCCUCUGGCUCCCCCUCCAUGCAGAAGGACAGGCGUGACGAUGAUCAAAAUGAUUCCAAGGAUAAGCGGAUUAAGGAGCAUCAGAUCUCGGAGGAAGACAUGCAGGGCAAGACCGAAGAGGAGAUUGAGAUGAUGAAGAUUAUGGGCUUCGGCAACUUUGACACCACAAAAGGAAGGAAGAUCGAUGGAGCGGUCAAUGCACAUGCUAUCAAUGUGUCUCAGAAGAGGAAAUACAGGCAGUACAUGAACAGAAAAGGUGGAUUCAACAGACCUUUGGACUUCAUUGCUUGAAGUAGGAUAAACAACAGACUCAUUAAAGUUACCUAAAAUGUA